AUGUCACAGCAUACACCAUCGGCAUCAGGGCCGUCAACAUCAGUCAUGGAUGCACCGGCAAACCCUCAGUCCAAAUCGCCCUUCAACAAAGUUCCUCUCGAGGUUCUCAUUCGCAUAUCUGAUCAAUUGUCAACCCCCGACCUGGGAAGCCUUCGUCUGACAUGCAGGUCCAUAGAGCAGUCCAUGUUCAAUCUGUUUAUGAAGGAGUUCUUUACUCAACGCCAAUUCAUGCUCACCGAAUUCAGCCUACAGACCCUCAUCGACAUCAGCAAGUCACGGCUGAGUGAUUGUCUCGACUAUGUCAUCAUCGGCCUCAACACAUUCACACGUCAUUACUUUUCCCCAGGAGAGGAAGCCAAGGAAACCCGCUAUCGCGAAGCCCAAUCCGAUCACCACACCCUAGUCAACAGCGGUCAAGACGUUGCUAUGCUGACGGAGGCUUUCCAAAACCUCAAGAACCUCAAAACUGUGGGCAUUCGUGACUACCACUCCAAGGGAAGGGGGUUUCGGGAUGGUUUCGAGGUCAGCUGGGCGAGUUACGGUGCCACCACGCUCCGGCAAUAUACCGGAGUAGAUCUUCUGCGCAUACCUAUCGAAGAGAUGGUCGCCUACACCAACAAAGUCUUCAUCACCCUCUUCACCGCGCUUGGCAAUGCUGCUGCCCGGCCCAGUGCCUUCGAACUGCUCCGCCACCAGCAAGGCGUGCCCUCUGACGACGCUUACAACCUCUUCACCAAGUACCUCAAGCCCAAGGUCGUCCCCAUCCUCGAGGGCCUCGAGACCUUCAUAUGUGUUGUGAACGUAGCAACUGGCCCCUCACGAUUUACGUCACUCACAGGUAGCCCGGGCACUCACCAACGGCGUCGAUACGAUUAUCUCCUGCGUCUCUUCUUGGGUGCCAUGCCGAACCUCAAGCAUUUACGGUUAAACUUUGCACACCCAGGCCACAACACGGAUGCUAUUGAUGAAUUUAUCGACUGGCUGGGUACACCUGCCUCCAGUGCUCUUUCUGAACCGGACGACAACCAGCUACCGACGCCUCCAGCUCCGGUGGCAUUCCCCCACCUCGAAGAGAUUAACUUGGGCUUCGUAGAAGUCGAGCCGAAGCGGCUUCUCAAAGUCGUGCAAAAGCUUGCACCAACACUCAAGAAUCUCGAGAUGUGGAAGGUCACGCUCCGCACCCGUACAGGAGCUGUUCAAGGGGACUAUAACGUGAGAGGCGACAUUUCCAUUAUCAACAUGUGGGCUCGAUUCCUUCAGAGUCUGCGCAGCAUUCCCGAUCUCGAUCUGAAACACAUCAUGGUCGGCUGCCCUGCUCAGCGCAUGUCUAUGAUGAGCGCUAGGGUAUGGCUCCAAGCCACAGACGGAGUGCCAGACAAGAGUGUGAGCAGACGCGAGUAUACAGGCAUCGACUGGAGGCAUUUUGUGGGAGACUUGGCCAAGCAAAUCAUGGUGGAUAUCCCGCCCGAGCGUGAGCGUAACCCGGACUCGGACGAAGAAGAUGAUGAAGACACGAACGAUGACAUGGACGAUGACAUUGACGAUGGUAUGGACCAUGACAUGUUGGAAGACGACAUGUUGGACGCGAUACAAGGUCAGUAA